AUGGACGAGUCUUGGAUCCACUAUUUCGAUCCUGAGACCAAACAGCAAUCCAUGACCUGGAAGCGAGCGAAGAAAUUCAAGGUAGCAAGCUCCGCUGGUAAGGUCAUGGCUUCAGUGUUUUGGGAUGCUGAGGGAGUCAUAAUGAUCGAAUACCUGGAAAAGGGAACCACUAUUAAGGGAUCCUACUACGCUGACCAAAUACGCAGAUUGAGAGAGGCAAUCAAAGAAAAGCGGCGGGGUAAACAUCGAGCUGGCAUCCUGUUUCACCAGGACAACGCACCACCCCACAAGGCCGGCGUUGCGAUGGCUGCCAUCCGUGAUUCAGGGUUCGAAUUGCUGGACUUUUAUCUCUUUCCACGGCUGAAGGAAGAUCUUAGAGGCAACAAAUUUUUGAAUGAUGGCGAGGCAUUUUUGGAGGGUCAAGAAAAAUAUAUUUUUUUAAAGGAAUUCGUGGUCUGGAGAAACGAUGGUCUAAGUGUGUAG